AUGAUCACAAACUUUGAUAAGCUGUGCGGCGAUUUAGAAAAGCAAGAACUUGAGGCUCCAAAUGGAAUUGCUUCACCAACUACAUACGCCCAGUUACUAGCCAUAUAUCUUUAUCAAAAUGACUUGUGUAAUGCAAAAUUUUUAUGGAAACGAAUACCCCAGACUAUAUCAGCAAGUAAUCCUGAAUUAGCAGCAAUAUGGGCAGUUGGACAGAAAUUGUGGAAAAAGGAUUUACCACGCACUUACCAAGCUCUUGCAGCAUACCAUUGGAUAGACCCAGUAGCUACAAUCAUGAGAGCACUUGAAGAAAAUGUUAGAGAAAGAGCAUUCAAUUUGAUUGGUAGAUCAUAUAGUUCAAUAUCAGUUGACACUGUUGUCUCUGCAACUGGUCUUAGUAAAGAGGCUGUUUUGCAAAUAUGUAGAGAUCGUAAGUGGGAGUUGAGUGACGACGGAGUGACUGUCAAUCCAAUACCGCCUACUCAGCCCGCACCGCUGCAUACGUCAAGUGAAGACCAGCUCUUUAAGCUCACCGAUUUUGUAUCAUUCUUAGAGAAUUAA